AUGGAUUCUCGCCGUAAAAAAGAGAUCAACUUUUUGAAACAAGCCGUUCUUCAAGGGAUAGUAUUUGUUAUAGAGCUCUUUACUUACUUCCACUUGGCAUCGCACCUUCAAAAUCGUUGGGCUAUUUUCGCUUGUACUACAGUAGCGUGGAAUCUAGUGCAUUGCACAGAUGCAUUAAUAAUAAUUGGGUUCAAUCAAGAGUUGAGAAAACUGGCUUUGUCACCAAGAAAUAUUUUCAGAAGUAUUGACUACAAUUACACAACACACAACUCAUCAACAGUAGUGAAGCGAACGAGGACGUAG